CUCUCCACCUUUGUGUUGUGAUCUACUCUCCUAGUCUCUGUUUCUCACACACCCACCCCGGUACCACCCUCCUCCACCUCCCCCCCCCGCUCCUCCUCCUCCUCCUCCAUCCCACCCUACUCACCACCCCUCUCCUCCUUUUAGCAUCUGAAAAGACCACUGAGUGAGAAUCGAUGGCGCAGAGGCCCGCUUGACAGGACAAUAACCACAAGAAGGGCCUCUCCACCGGCUUCCCCGUACCGUGAACACGCAACGAAGCGAUGCCCCAGCAGCAGAGGGAGGACCCGUCUCCGACCCGCCGCCUCGGCCUGGCAUCGCGCCGCCUCCAGACACUGAAGCCCGGCCACGACUUCCCAUGAGGCCACCACUAGAACUCAGCUCGACCACUCUGUAUGGGGCCUCUCACAUAUGAAUUGACAUGGAGGAUGAAGAUGGGACUUGUCUACUUGAUGUUUUGUGUGACCCCCAAGCCCUGAAUGACUUCCUUCAUGGGACUAAUGAGCUGCAGACUGAAGACCUGCUCAUUAGCUCCUCCUCUGGGGAGGCCUCCCUCUUCGCAGAUGCCCCGAGCCCCGUCUCUCUGCUGGGAGACGGCAGUGGUUCCCCAGACACACCUCCACCUGGGUGUGUGGAUCUGUCCUUCCUGGAGGAGGCCCUCCUGUCAUCGCCGGAGGGUGGAGAAGACCCACAGUUGGUGCAGGCUGGGACACCUGUGGAGGCUGGAUUUGAGGCAAGGAAAGGAAAGGAGGAGGAAGAGGAGGAAGCGGAGGAGGCAGAGGUGGCAUGUGAUAUCCUCCAGCAGAGCCUGCAAGAGGCUGAGAUCACAGAGCAGACCAUGGCUCUGGAGGCAGGUCUGGCCCAGCCUGGGGACAGCCUGUCCCUGUACUCGCCUGCCCCUCUCCUCUCUUCCCCCAUUGUACCAUACAUGCCCAAGUCUGUGACCUUGCCCAUCAGAGACACACAGGCAGCAGUGGAGCCUCCCCAGCCCUCCCUCCUGGCUGUUGGGCCAGGCUGCCCUUCUCUAAAACCUGCUGCCCCUCCUCAGCUGAUGGGGCUCCUGCCUGGAAACGUGUUCCCUGCUGCUUCUCCAGAGACCUCCUUUUCUGUGAGUCCUGCCCAGGCAACCAGUAUGGUUAUCCAUCACAAGGCUGUUCCCAGUGUGACCAGUCGUCCUCUUAUCACCCCAACCCUGAGAACAGCAGUGGCGACGGCACCGGGCAUCAUCCUGCAGCGUGCCCCUCUUCACAUCCAACCCAAGCUGCCUUUCAACAUUCAGCCCAGGCUAGUCCAAAUUAGCCCCAAGCCUUCUGGGCAAAAACCCACUCCAGGUCUUACGUUUGUCCCUGGGACUGCCUCACCAAAUAUUUUACUGUCCCAACCUCCAGGCCAGAAGCCUGCUGCUCCGCCGCCACAGCCAGCCAUGCAGCAGCUCCCCAAACCGGUCAGCCUGCAGCUGGUCAACCAGGGCGGCUUCGUGCUCCAGCCUCAGGGACUCUUCCAGGGCCAAAACCAGUUCCUUCUUCCAGGCCAGUCCCCUGUAACCAUCUCCCAGCCUGCUGGCGCAGCUCGACCGCUCCUGAACCCCAGUCAUCGUGGCCCGUUGCUCCACGCCGUGAACCCCUCCACUGGGCAGCUCGUAGAAGGCUCUCAGAUCCUGACUGUGCCCCAAAGACAGCUCAACUUCAGCCCCGUCUUCACCACCUCUUCAGGGCAGCUAGCGCUCCGCCAGGCCACCAUGCUGUCAGGACCUUUGCAGCUACAGUCAGCAACCCCUACCGUCUUCCAGAUGCCAGCACAGCUGGCUGGAACCUACACUCCAGGAGGACAGGGGCAGCGCACCACCCUGGUCCACAGUCCCGCUCUUGGAAACCACAUUACGCUGAUUAACAGUUCAGGGGUGCUUCCCCCAGAUCUCACUUCCAUCUCGAUCGUGAACGGCCCCUCAGUAGUUCAGGGCCUGCCCUUUGCUGCCCAGGCCCCGGCUGCUCACACCGGAGGGACAGAAGGACAGCUGAGUCUCCAGCAGGCCUCUGUGGUGCUGAUGCCAGAAAGAGCCAUGCAAGAGGAGAGGACCGGCUCAGAGGAGCCCUUCCACCAACUCCCACAGCCCUAUGGACAAGUCCUCCAGCAUGUGUCAGUGCAGCCCACCACUGCAGGGCUGCAGUCCUCCUCUCCCCCUGUGGUCACAGUCCUGCAGCCUUCCCCUGAACCACCUCUGGCUCCUGAUCCAGCUGUGGAGAUCCCCAAACUUGCGCUGUCCCCUGCAGACAUGACCCGAGUAGUGGAGGAGGUGACCCACUCACUGAGCCAGAACGAGGCCUUUAUGCAACAUCUGCAACAGCAACCACUUAGUUCUCCUCUCACCUCUGAGCUGCUGGCUGGAGCCCUGCCAGGGGUGCCCCUGGAGUCGCUUGCCUCCCCGGUGGCCAGUGAGAGAGAGCCUCAACCCCAGACCCACGCAGUCUCUGGUCUGGACGCCCGCACUGUGAUGUCUGAGCAGCGUGUCCAGGCUUCUCCGCUUCACUCUGACCCAGAGGACACGCCGCUCAUGUGCUCCCCCUCUACCAUUCUGGACUCCAAAAGACCAGCUCCGCCAAGUUUCUCCCCUCAGAUCACUCUGUCUGGACCCGAGAGUCCAGCUCCCCGGCCUCACAUCGAGCCCCAAGUCGCUCUUCAGCUCCAGGUCUCACAGGCCUUAUUUGCCCAGAGCCAGUCGUCUGUCUCCCAGCCUGCGCCUCAGCUCCAAUCGUCUGUCUCUCAGCCUCCGCCCCAGCUCCAGUCGUCUUUGUCUGUCUCCCAACCUCAGUCCUUGGUCUACACUGCAGUCCACAGCAGUCCCUCCCCUCUGUGUGUCUCGGUGCCUCAGCAGCAGUCUGAUCCCACAGCUGCAUGUGCUAGUCUCUCCAAAGGAGGAGACAACUCUGCUGUCCAACAGCACACACAAAACAAGCCAACAGCUGCCUUGGUCGUGGAGAGUACAGCGUUUACUCUCGAUGUCUAUCCACCCUCUCCUGCAGCCCAGGGUGUCAAGGUCCACGGGCCCCCAGCUCCCAGAGAAGGGGCCCCCAUCUGGACAGGCCAGCAGACCGGCACCAAGCUGCCAGGUCCUCUGGAGCAGCAGCGAGAGGAGAGGCUCACACCAGCAAUGCGCAGGCACAGGUUCCAGCAGCAGAUGUGUUUGGACCACGCAGCGGUUCAGACCCCCUUCACCGGCCCGGCCUUUACCACACUGAAGGACGCUGUUCGGCGCCUGCUGCCAUACCACACCUGCGCCGGUCACCUGCCCACUCAGGACGACUUCCAUUUAGUGGACCAGGAGUUUGACACGGUGUCCGGUUUCCUGCUGAAACGCACCAAGGACAUGGUCAACAAAUACAGGCAGCUACUGGUUAGAGAAGCCCAGCAGGAGAGUCCGUCAGCAGAGAUGGUGAUGCUGGAGCGUCUCUUCCUCCAGGCCGAGCGAUACGCUUUAGCAGAGGACAGACGGAGAGUCCGCAGAGACCCAGAGUCAUUCGUGACGGCCUUGGCUACAUCAGCGUCUUCCCCCCCCGGGGCCCACCCUGCCGGUCCGUCCCCGCUGUGCUCCUCCGGCAGCCCCUCCUCUUCACCAGCCUGGACGCGACUGUCCGACCGGCCCCCAGGACUGAAGACAUACCGCUCCAGCUGCCGCGGGGCUCUCAGGCUCACCAUCAAGCAGGAGUCCGGGUCCCGGAAGGUGGUUCACAACUCGGCCUGCGACCCGGGACUCAAGAGGGACCACACAGGGCAGCUGACCAACGGCGGAGCUGUGAACAAACGCCACUCUCAGGCACCUAACGGAGCACCCCAGGGUCCUCAGCAGGACGAGGAGAUCUCCAACGGAGCUCUGCCUUGUAACACUGCAGAGGAAGUCCCACAGACAGCGCCCAAUUCCAAAAUAAAAGCCCCAAACCCUCUUUUUAUGCCCGAGCCACAGGUUGGUUACUUCGAGUUGCCUUCCAGAGAUGUCAGCGCCCCGAAACUUAAAUGCUACAGGUUGGAUGCGUCACCGCGGCCGGAGCAGCGGCUCAGCCCGCCGCCGCCCCCCCUCCAAGAGGACAACCUGCUCAGUGAACAUCUGCAGAGUGCCAUCGACAGCAUCCUGGAGCUCCAGCGCCUGCAGGGCCCCUCUGCAGCCCCUACCAGGGCCACGUCAGGCCCGUCACUGGACCAGGCUGUCACCAGCAUCCUGGAGGGACACCUGUGAGGGAACCGGCCCCGACAGACACCCACACAGAUGCUGAAACAUCUGUCAAAGGAAGGCGUACUCGACUUGUGAUCUGUUCCCGGGACUUAAGAGAUUUUGUUUCUGGGUUUCAGAGAUUACUUUUACGGAACCGAUGUUUGAAAGUGUUUGAAAGAAGAGAGAGGAGGUAAUAAGAAAAGGAAGAGGCACUAUAAAGAGAUUGCAUACCAGACAGCAGCACUAUCUAUAGUCCGAUAGAUGUUAGAUACUUCACUUUGAUGUACGUUUGUGGAAAAAAAUUAUCUAUUUGAAUAGGAGCUAUAUUGUUUCAGUGGUAGUUAAGUCAUUCAGAGGUUUACGACACUGGUGUAACCUUAAUCAGCAUAUAGUAUAUAAGUAAUAGUGAGGAUAACGAAAACGUGGAGUAGUCUGAGAUUAUUCAAUAGUUUUUUAUAAGAUUUCUUUCAAAAAUGUGAAGUUUCUUUUGCAUAGUGCCAAGCUUCCAGGGUAUUUAUUUUGAUAAUCUGUGCCAAUCGUGUUUCGCAUCGAGAAAGGCAGCGAGUGUGAGUGAGUGUGUGAGAGAGAGCGUGUGUAUGAGACAAGUGUGUGUGUGUGUCUUUAUUUGGAUCUAAAGAGUGUGUGUGCAAACAUUGCAUCCUGCGACGGGACAGUCCACACGAGUCCCCGCAGGUUCCAUCAUCUCGGCUUAUCGGAUGAAACUCCAAAGAAUUUGGGACUUGCUCCAUCCUGAAUACACCAGCAAACGUCCAUGUUGUUUCUUCUCACAGACGGGAGGCUGUCCUCCUUAAAAGCAGAAAGAAACCCGGGGGGGGACAAAAGAAAUUAGGCAGAGUUGUGUUUUAUUUUCAAGUUUGGAGCCUUGUCAUCAGAUGAGAAUGGUUUCUCUUACUUUAUGUAUUAACAUGCAAGCAAUAAGAGUUUGGGCUGUUGGGAGCGGCGGCGCUGCUUUGCCUGUCUCGCUUCUCUCUAGGGGAGAUCUGAGAGCCGCUUGUUUUGUCAUCGAAGCCCGUGUAGUGUAGAAAUUGUUUCAAGCAGGUUUGAGGGUCACUAAACGGCAUCAACGAUCACACAAAUGCCCGGUUUGAGAAGGGAAAAACGCCAAAACUGCAGUUGUUUUCCACGCCAGACGCUGUACGGCCCGUCUGCAUCAAACAGCCUUUGACCAAAAAAACUAGAGGUAUCAUCCGCUUCCCCCUUUCAUUUAAAUCUUGUUUAUUUAUUUAUUUAUUUAUUUAUUGGUUUGAACCCGCUUUACUGAGCCGAAUAUUUGUUUUCACGCAGCCAUUGUGGAGCAAUAUGAUUUUUGGCAGCAUCUUAUGUUAAUGUGACAAUCUUAUUGGUCUGUGUGAAGAUGGAUUCUGUUUAUGUGAAAACACGCGAGAGUUGGAGUCAUUUGUAGCGGUUGUACAACUCUCCCCCACGCAACCUGUGCACCCUAUUCUUUGUCGAUGGAUUUUACCUUAAAGGUCAAUAUUCUAAAGCUGCAAAAUGUCUAAUUUUUGUGAUAUAAAUUGAAAAUGUGCUUCGAAAUUUAGCUUCUGAAGAUACCGUUAGGGGUCAAGGUUUGACCUGCGAAUUGGAAGUGUUUAGAAUAUGCCUUACUGUUAAAUCAGUGUACCUUGUUAAGAAAAUGGAAUCCGCAAAGAACAGAGAAUUCAUGUGAUUUUUAAAUAAUGUAACAUCUGGUGUUCUGAAAUGUGAACGUAACCCAUCCCUUCAAAAAGGAAGAAAGGGAUCAAACUUCAGAGAUUUGGGGUUAAAUCAAACAGGCCUUCUCAUUUCUUUGAAUUGCAUUGUCAUCUUUUUUAUAUGUAAAAUUGUCUUUUGUUGGAAUGAACAAAUGGAGUUAUAUGCAGUAAUUUAGUGUUGAAAUCCUCUGCAGUGGUUUGGGUGAACACACUCUAGGAGACUAAGAAAAGGACUAGUUUGAUAUUUUGGGUAUGAAGUACGGCACCGCUCUCAUGUCCGUAUGCAAAUUAAAAGUAAUCCGCUAGUUGGCGUAGUUUAGCAUGAAGACUGGAAACGGCUAGCCUGGCUCUGUCCCAAAGGUCCCAAUUUGCCUAGCAGCACCUCUAACCCCAACCAUGAUUUACAUGUUUUUAAUAACAAGAUGCAGUGUUAACAGGGAAUUAUGUUCUUAAUUCUUUCUUAUCCAGCAGUAGUGACUUCCUUAAAGAAGCUGAAUCAACAACCGCACGGUGACGUCAGGACUCCAGAAAGAAGUCCCAGCAUACUUGGGAUUAAACAAGAGUGGUGGAACGUGUUAAUAAGUGAGCUGGCGGGUGGAUUGUGUUACCUUUCGAAUGAGGGAGGCUAGCUGUUUCCCAUCGUCAUGCUAAGCUAACAACUGGCGGUAAAUCUUCUUACGCUUCAAUCUUUCGCCUGACUAUCGGCAAAGCAAAUUAGCUAAAAGGGUUUAUUCCUUUAACAAAAUGUGUCCCAAAACGCUUCAGGUGUGUUUCCACCCUCAGAGGUUGCACUGUAAUGCAGUAAGAUGUCAGAGUGUCUUUCACAACACAGGAUUGCACUCCUUGUCAAUUAAACCUCUUAAAAAGAAAAAGGAAAAAGAAAAAGAAAAAGAAAAAUCCCCUUCAGUGAAGCAGCCUCAUGUGCCAUUGUUCUUGUUGCAUUCUGCCUGCAGUGUCCAACACUGACCAUUAGACACGUGCUUCGUUCUGUCUGCGUCUAGGACAACGGGAUUACAUCUGCAUGUUGAGCCAUUUUGGUAUUAAUUUGUUAAGUGUUUUAUUUUUUGACUGAACUGUGAAACCAGGAGAGCUCAUGACUCUACACUAAUUCAACUUCAGAUACAAACAUUUGACUAACAGAUUGUUCUGAUGCCAAAAUCAAGAGGCCUUAAGUCAGCAAAACUAGAUUGUAAA